GACAGGAGUACCAGGACCACACCUGCUCACUCCCUCAUGCUCUCACUGUGUGCUGGAUGGAGACAGUGAGCAGUGCUGUGAGCAGACUUUACUGUGGAAGAUAAGAUGUGAGCUCACAGCUGUGCAGGGAGAGCACACAGUGAGGUUUUGCAUACAUCAGCAUUUCCAGUGAAGUGAUGAAGCAGCUUUGAAUGUGUGUUAAUGAGUCUAAGCAGCAAACAGAGAUCAGUGAGUGAAUCUGCUGACACAAAGAAUCCAGAGCAGCAGCAUCAUGCAGAGGAUCCUGCUGUGUGUCUGCUGCUUCUCAGGCUGGCUCGUCUCCACAUGCUGUCCCCGUCAGUACCACUAUGUUGAUGAUGCAAAGACUUGGACUGAAGCUCAGAGCUACUGCCAACAGACUCACACAGACCUGGCCUCCAUCGAGAACACUGAAGAAAUGAAGCAGCUGAACAGCACAGUUUCAUCUGCCGCUCACAGCUCUGAGCUCUGGAUCGGUCUGUACAGUCAGAUCAGGUGGAGGUGGUCAGAUGGGCUCACAGGGAGUGGAGCUGACUACAGGAACUGGGACACUUCUGAAUAUGAACCAGAUUUUUACUCUGGGGUUCAGUUCUGUGUGUCCUCUUUAAAAGGAAAAUGGUGGGAUUUUCAGUGCAGAGAGAAGCUCCAGUUUAUUUGCUACAGAGGAUCUCAGAUGAACCCUGAGUUUGAUUUGGUGGAUAAAGAAAUGAGUUGGUCCGAUGCUCAGAGGUACUGCAGGGAGAACUUCUUGGACCUGGCCACUGUCAAGAACGAUGGAGAGAACCAACAAGUCCAUGAAAAGGCUCAGAGUAAAAGGGUGUGGAUUGGCCUGCACAGAGAGCCACACAUUUACUGGUCUGAUGGCACAAACUACUCAUUCUCAAACUGGGCCAGUGGGAUGAACCCGUUUAGGGGUAUGAGUAAGAUCUGUGCAGCUCUGACUCGUUCAGGAGAAUGGAAGACUUUGUCCUGUGAAACAAGAUUACCAUUUGUCUGCUACAGCCUCCCUACACCUGUAAAGAGGCAGGUAGUGAAGCUCACAGUACAUGUGGAGGACCCUCCUGUGGAUCUGAAUGACUCUGCUGUGAAAGCAGAACUGCUGACAAGGGUGAAGGAGCAGCUGAAGAAGAAAGGAGUGGGUGGAGUCAGUGUGAGGUGGAGAGUGCAGCCGUAUGGGAAGCUCUUGGCUGGAGAUGGAAGAAGAAAGAAGACUCUGAGAGAAAAGAAAAAUGUUUCAAAAGCUUUUCUGCUUGAAUCAUUUUUUGUGGGCGUGGCCUCUUCUUUGGCUUUCAUAGAGAUAAAUGCAGACGUGUUUGUGAGCUACAGUUCAGAGUACCCGGCCUUCUUGGAGUCCCUGGGCGGGGUGCUUGAGGGUGCUCCACCUGGGGACUCUGUCAUCCUGCUGGAAGACGUGGGCAAUGACAGUGACACCUGGAGGGGCGUGAUCUGA